AUGCAAUCACUCCGCUCACUCCUCCUUUCGUCGCUCCUCAUCACAUCCACCCUCGCAGCGCCUCAACCCCUCCAAAACGACGCACAGCCCACCUGUACCGCGACCGCGCAAUCAACUUUCCACCCACCCAGCGCUCUCUGGAUCGCAGACAACCUCCCAGCCGUCCCAGGCCUCCAAUUGCCGCUGGGCCGCAACCAUGUCUGGAAACACGACCGCCUCGACGCUCGCGUCUGCGUUACCAACUCCUCCAAAGAGAAUCUGCUUAUCAGUAUUUCGGAGAUUGGGCGAACGAUCAAGAAGAUUGUAGAGUCGUGCUGCUCGGACUUGGGGGAGGACGGUGGGUGUAUGGGUGGGAGAGACAGUUUUUUAGCGAGAGGUGGAGACGGGGAUGUUCCCUUGGAAGUGUGGGUUGGGGCUAUCGGCGAGAAUGUAUGCUAG